GCAGGGUGGGGCCAGGAGUCGGGGACGCGCGCGACCCAGCGGCCCGUGUGGUCCCUGCGCUCGUUCACGAGCGCGUGAGCACCUGACCGCUGCAGGGGGACAGACGCAGCGGUCAGUGUCUGUCUGUGAGCAGCAGGAUGGCGGAUGAUGGGGAGGAUCAUCACCGGACCGCGGAGCGCGGCCCGCCGCCGCUGCGGGACCACAGGAGGCGGACUCGGCUGUACUGCAUGAACGGCGGACAUCACCUGCAGAUCCUGCCCGACGGGACGGUGCGGGGCCGGAGGGAGGACGGGGACGUUCACACUGUUUUGAAGAUCAAAGCUGUGGACAGAAGUGUAGUGGUCAUCCAAGGAACGGAAGCCGGGCGAUACUUGGCGAUGAGCGACGAGGGGCGCCUGUACAGUUCCCCCACGGUGUCCGAUGAAUCCUACUUCCUGGAGAAACUGGAGGAGAACCACUACAACACAUAUCGGCCCCAGAAGUAUCUGGAGAGGAAGUGGUACGUAGCUCUGAAAAAGAGCGGAAAACCAAAAGUGGGUCCAAGAACUCACAUUGGGCAGAAGGCCGUCUUCUUUCUGCCCCGCCAGCUGGACGACUCCGGGGAGUGAAGCGUUCGCCUCAACCAAAACAGACUGGAAGCUGCUCCAAGGAAGAUUUGUGUAUUGUGAAAUGAAUAAGACACAAUUAAGUGGUUGAGGAGGAGCUGGGAUGCAAGAGGAAAAAAAGAUGAAGCCGAGGUGAAGCUUUGUUUUUGUUUGUUUUUGGGGUUGUUGUUUUGUUUUUUUAGCUCUGGUGCAUAUUUAUUCUGGAAAGGACCAGCUAUGACACGUACCUGUUUUUGUCCACAACAUGAAGUAGUCCUUCCAGCUAUUGUCUAUUAGCAUGAAAACUGAUAUUAGUACUGUCACUGGCAGUUCUUCUUAAAGCAUAGAAGAGGAAACGGUAUCAUCAACAGACACAUUGAGCCAAAACAAGAUGUGACGUUGUUUAUUUUAGUAGUAACCAAGGAGCUUCUAUACAAUAAUAUGCUAUUAUAUGGACUAUAAUCAUAGUAAGAGCCUUUGUGUGUUGUACUGGUAAAUUCUUAUCUAAACUAUUUUAUUACCUGCUGCAAAACUUUUCCAGAUGUCAGUGACGUUUGGUUUAGAGUUUUGCCCGAGGCAGGAACAUGUUACUAAUUUUUCAUGUGGAUCUGGAUCGAGGUAUGAGCACAGGAAUUGUUUAUAAAAGGAUCACUGUGUCUCCGUUAAAAAAAAAGAAGUCACCUACUGACUGAGAAUGUUGCAGGCUUGAGGGAGUUUAUCUUUUCUGUGAUCUAUUUGUGACUGACACAAACCAAAAAGAUUAAAAAUUGAACUUUUCUGAAUGUUUCAUAUUCUCAGCGGUAACUUGUGUAAAAUUGCCCAGGGAAACAUUUUACAUCCAUGAAGACAGUUUCUGUUGCUCACAGUUCAACGGGUUCAUAAUACUGAGCAAUAAAUCAUACCUGAAAAUGAUCCUUCUCUCUGGGUUUGAGCGAUAUAAAGUGUCAGUGUAUUCGUCACGUUGCACAUUGCAGCAGCACAGUGACCAUUAAUCCAGACAACUCAGGAGAUGACUCGUUAAAAGUGACAUUUAUUUAACACUAAACGUUUCUGUACAGUUUCAUAACAGCAAAAACCCCAAAAGGCUGCAGCUCUACAUCACACAGAAAAAAAAGAGAAGCAUAAUGGUUUCUGAAUCAAAGCCAUGGCAGAAGUUUACAGUUAACUGUGGUCAUGAAAAUGUGCAUCAUCCCGACUUGCAUGUCUCCUUUAGGUUAUUAUUCUCUUCAUGAUCGGUACGAUGGAGAAGUGACGGGAACAUCCUUUCGGUUUUAUUGGCUAUGUUUCUAAAAGUGCACCUGCAUACAACAUUCUUUGAUAUAGAUUCAAUACCCACAUGAUCGCUAAUAUUUUACACCUCAUGAUGGAAAAAGGAAGAAAAAAAAAAUCCUCUCCCCCAAAAAUACAGAUUUCCCAUCUGUCAAUUUAAAUCUUAAGGGGAAAAAACCCAGUUGGAAAAGGAAUUUGAGUUUUUCUUUACAGCUCUUAGAUAAUGUGAUCCAAAUGCUUCGGUGAGAUCAUUAACAGCUGAAGCAGCUCUCCUAUAAUCAGAGCUUUUUCUCCAGCAGUAAAUGUAAUGCCGACUCCACUGACUCACUGCAGAGUCAUGGGAAGGCAGCGCUGUUGCAUCCAAAUGAGCUUUUCAAGGACAUGGACCAGAAAAUGUGCUCAUACGCCCAGAAAAAUAAACCAAGGUGGCUG